CAUGAUGCCAAGCCCAAUUAAACUCCACAAAAUCCAAAAUCAAACCCUGAGGUGUUAGGGUUCCUGCUUCUUAUCCUAGAUAACAGAUGCAGUUUUAAGACUAUUGACAUUCCUAGAAUAGAAAAAUUAAGAAACGAAGAAAAAAAAUCCACUAAUUUUCUUUUUUAUUUUUUUUUUAUCUGCAACUAAAAGAGCUAAAACAAGGGAAUUCAUUUCCAGUCGGUUCGUCUCAUUUGCAGCAAAUCGCACUCUGUAACUUCUAGGGUUUUAUAUAUUUGCUUCAUCGUGCUUGUUGUUGUUGUUGUUGAGAAGUCCAUAGUACCUGGAUUUUGCACAGCCAUGACUAAUUCAGAGCAAGAUGUGGAAAACCAUACCGCAUCCUCUUUAAUAGAACAGCUUGGAAGAGCUCUAAAUGAGCUGGAAGCCCUCAAGGAUGCAUCUGAGGACAGGGUUCAGUGGAUGGAAAUUGAACUUCACUUUCGCAAUCUUGACGCAACAUUAAAGAAAAAAUUUGAAGUGUUAGAAGCUAGGGAGAAAGAGUACAAGGAGAAAGAAGCUGAAAUUCAUGCCCUGCUUGCAGAAAGAGAGGCAGCUGUUGUUGCUAAAGAGCAAGAUUUCUUAGAUCGUGUGCAGGAACUAAAGGAUGAUGCUGUUGCUGUCAUUGCAGAGGCACGAGCUAAUCACCAGCCAACUAUAUCUGAGUCCAUUGACGGUGGUGACAACAAAGACAGCAAGGUAAGCAGCUCUCUUGGUGACAUAAAUUCCCCAGAGGAGGACUCUCCUCCUAAAAUGGGUGAAAAUGCUGAAACCAUGGCUGUUGGUGUUAAGCCAAGUCCAGAGCUGACGCAAUUUUGCGAGCAGAUGGAUGCAAAAGGGCUACUGAGUUUUACUAUGGAGAACCAAAAAAUUCUAUAUGCCAUUCGUGAAAAACUUUCUGUCGCACUAGAAAGUGCAAAUGAACCAGCACGUUUGGUGUUGGAUUCACUGGAGGCAUUUUAUCCUCCUCUUGAAACUACCCAACCAAUGGACAAAAAGGAUGCUGCCCUUCAGGGCAUGCGCAGAUCCUGUAUAAUGUUUAUGGAAUCCUUGGCUGCCUUAUUGGCCAGAAUUGACCCAGGUGCUGAUCACCUUCUAAACCCUGAAAUAAAGCAGCAAGCCAAGGCAAUUGCUGAUGAGUGGAAGCCUAAGUUGGCUAGUGCAGGCAUUGAUGCUACCAAUGGAAAUUCAUUGGAAGCAGACGCAUUCUUGCAGCUUCUCUCCACUUUUAGAAUUGCUUCGGAGUUUGAUGAAGAAGAACUCUGCAAGCUUGUCCUUGUAAUUGCUCGUCGCAGGCAAGCACCUGAGCUCUGCCGUUCUCUUGGGUUAACACACAAAAUGCCAGGUGUGGUUGAGUCAUUGAUCAACUAUGGGAAACAAAUAGAAGCUGUACGAUUUAUUCAUGCCUUCCAGCUUGCUGAAAGUUUUCCACCAGUUCCUCUACUAAGGACGUACUUGAAGGAUUCUAGGAGAAACUCCCAAGGAAAGGGUGGAAACACUGGUGGUGCUACUGGACAGGGUGAUGCAAAUGCGCAAGAGCUUGCAGCACUGAAGGCUGUUAUCAGGUGUGUUGAAGAGUACCAGCUUGAAGCUGACUACCCACUUGACCCACUUCGGAAAAGGGUUGCACAAUUGGCGAAGUCAAAGUCUGAUAAGAAGAGGAAUGGGGAUUUUGGCAAACAUCAGCAAUCAAAGAAGCCAAGAGCUAAUGGAGGAUAUCGGGGAUUUCGUGGAGGUCCUGGUCCUCCCCCUGGCCUUGCUGCUGGGCGACAAGGUCCACCUGUUUUUUCUGAGAGGAUACCAUAUACAGGAAUGCCAGAAAGGUAUCCUCAAGCUGGUCCAAAUCCUUACAAUUAUCAAGUUCCUGGCCAGUCUAGUUAUGGCCAGCCAGCUACUGAUCAAAGAAUGUACUACUAUCCUCAGGAUGACAGGACUACUGGGUCAUAUGAUGCAGCUCCUAAUUAUGGCAGUUAUAUGGGUGCUGGUAUACGGUCUGCACACCAGCCAUAUAUGUAAAUCUUGAAUGCUAGUUUUGUAAGAAAGCUUGUUAGAGAUGCUGUCCAUUGUAGCAGAGUUUCAUGUUUUCAGGCUUAUGUGACCAAUGCCUUUAGUUAACAAUGUAGUGCUAGUUUAAAAUGAAACUUUUAAACCAGGUAAGAAUUCCAUCUGUUGUAUUCAUUCAGUAUCUACAUUGAACAGAAGGCUGCAUAUUAUUCUUGGUA